AAAGCGUCAGUUUUUGCUGUCAGCUGCGCGUUGAUUGAGCCUCCGUCCCACCGCUGUGCCUGUGGUGGAGGUCCGUAUACGCGGUUUUGCGGAGUCCGCAGACAACUUCUUCAAUCAAGUGACUCGUCUCACGGAACGAUUUGAACGCAAUGAAGUUGUCCAUUGCGACAGCUGUCGCCGCGCUGUGCGCCCUGCUGGCGCUCGGUUCAGCGGCUCUCCUGGGCGCACCGAUGAAGCACGACGCUAAAGACUUUGAAAACUAUCUCGACGAAGCUCACUAUGUGGCGGCGACGCAGGUGGACGGCCGCGAAUUCUACGACACCGUGGUCGAAAUCCUCGAAGCCGAAACUCAGGUUGUCUCUGGUCUCAUAAUCAGACUCAAGAUGAAGAUGACGGAAUCGGUCUGCAAGGUGUCGAAAGGCAACUACACCAAAGAGCUCUGCACUCCAAAGAAAGGGAAGCCAGUGAAGAUCUGUGAAGCUGAAAUCUACAGCAGAGACUGGGAGAACUAUCGGAACGUCAAUUCCUUCACAUGCGAAGCGGCAAUGUCAAUCGUCACACGGAUAUCGGGAGUUCUUGACCCCAAGGAUCUAACGUUUGCCUACCUGUCCAAGCACCUGAAGCUCUCCCAAGAGCGGUCGCUUUUCAGCGUGUUUGCCCGAACGUACAACAAGACAUACAAGGACAAGGAAGAGCACGAGGCCCGAUUCAUGAUCUUCAAGAACAACUUGAAGCGGAUUGCGCUUUUCAACCGACUGGAAGAAGGAACUGCACAUUACGGCCUUACGGAAUUCUCAGACCUGUCGCCGAGCGAGUUUGAGCGCCACUACCUCGGCCUGAAGAAAGAUCUCGCUGAACACAAGGCCGAAGUCAAGCCAAUUAAAGUGGGACCCGUGAACGAACCGCUGCCAGACCUUUUUGACUGGAGGACCAAGGGAGCUGUGACAGAAGUGAAAAACCAGGGUGCGUGCGGUUCCUGUUGGGCCUUCUCGGUGACUGGCAAUGUGGAAGGCCAGUGGUUCCUGUCACGCAACAAGCUUGUCUCGCUCUCCGAACAGGAGCUUGUCGACUGCGAUCACGGGGACCAUGGAUGCAAGGGUGGUUACAUGGGCCAAGCCAUGAAAGCUGUUAUUGAAAUGGGAGGUCUGGAGACCGAGUCUGAGUACCCUUAUCGAGGCGUAGAUGGCACGUGCGAGUUUAACAAGACAGAGUCCAAGGCCCAAGUGCAGAGCUUCGUCGGCUUGCCCCAAAAUGAAACCGAGCUGGCCUACUGGUUGAUGAAGCAUGGACCAAUUUCGAUCGGAAUCAAUGCCAACGCAAUGCAGUUCUAUUUUGGAGGCAUCUCACACCCAUGGAAGUUCCUCUGCAGUCCUACGGACUUGGAUCAUGGGGUUCUUCUCGUUGGAUUUGGCGUGGACAAACGAAGUUUCCGUCGCAAGCCUGUACCCUACUGGAUCGUGAAGAACAGCUGGGGCAAGUACUGGGGAGAAAAGGGCUACUACAGGGUUUAUCGUGGCGAUGGUACCUGCGGUGUCAACCAGAUGCCGUUGUCCGCCGUAGUCCCACCGAAGCACUAGUCGAUUCAGUUGUUUUGCUUGUUCUCUCUCUCUUCCUAUUUCUUUUAUUCCUACACGAACGUAUGUGACAUGCAUUCUUUUAGAAUACCAACGUUUAUUUACUAGUACAGUAAUCCGUGAUGCUUACAGUGUCACAACGCCAUGCUCUAAGCAAUUAGUGUUUAUCUUUCUAUCAUUUGGGCUCAUUGGCAGUGUUAACAAUUUUUUACAUUGUGCUUCUGUGACGUUUGUUCGUGUUCAGUGGGGUAGCUUAUGUUUUUUGUCAUUGUUAGCAUAAUUUAAUGAUUUUAAGAUGCCCGCACACAUGAGCGAUGCAUUUGAGGGUAGCCUGAAAUGAUUUUAAUGAUUUUUUCUAUACAUACUGAGCCAGUAGCACAGGUCAUUUGAAUCUUUAAACGUACAGAUUUAAGAUAUUUGCAUAGAGUGUGUAAUCAGUUAUAAUAUUUCAAAUGCGCACUUCACUUCAAGUUGCAGUGUUGCAUCGCACAAAGUUUUCAGUCACCUAUACUCGGGAAAUGGCACUGUUUUGGUACGUCUCUAGUGCAAUGAUCCUAUCGUCAUUUUGGCACUUGAAAUGGCGAAUGAAGCUUGAGUGGCUGGGUUUUUGGUGGCACAGAGAUCAAUGAGACAGACGCAAAAUGUGUUUUGCAGUCUACGGUCCACUAGAAAAUGGGGCGUUGCCCAAACAGCUCAGUAAUGAAGUCGAGGUGAAAAACUUGACUUGAGACAAUGCAGACCUUAAGUUGCAUGGUGGCUAUCGUGAUAGCUUAAAUUAUGGUGCAAAUAAUUUCAGGAAACCAUUUCAGGUACCCUUUAAGGCAUAAAGAGGGAAAAUGAAAACUGCCUUUAGACUUAAUUGAUUAAAGUAGUUGGAGUGCUAACAUCUUCGACAUUCAGUGUCACAGUAGGCAGUUCUAUUUCAGAUAGCCAUUGCAUGGUAGGAUGGUUGGUUCGCAUGCAUGGAAAAGACGCAUUUGUUGUUUCGUAGAUGUGCCAAUUUGAUACUACCACGCACAGAAUUGUGAAAUUUCGAUUGUAGAAACUGAGGAUGCUGGCACCCCAAAAUGAAAAGUGUUUUAUAAGUGUCUUCAAGGCAAAUUGAGCGUGAAAAGGCAGAAGCGUGAGCAUGUGUCGUCUGAUGGCACAUAGUGCAAAGCACGGCUGUGACCAGUGUUCUUUGCGUUCUUUCGGCCGCUUGAUGGCAUCGAUGAGACUUAGCAGUGCUUGUCACAUGCGUAGAUGUCAUGGUACUGCGACUUCAACUGGUGACGCUUACUGCCUCACUACAGGAUUUGGGUUGUUCCAGACUAGUACUGUAACGUUAACUGGUCACAAUCAACCAGACAAGUUAUAAAUGUAGCAUUAGCAUAUGUGCAACGUCAUCUUGAGCUGUGGCACUUGCCAGGUAAAGUCAUGGACAUGACAUUAUCUAGUUGCACUGGAAGCGCGGUUUUCGUACAUGUCGUUUUUGAAUACUCGAUACCUUGCGCUUAAUACUUAACUGGAACUACUUAGGCACAAAGUAUGCAUAAUUAACUUUCCACUUUUCUAUCAUAACAAGAAAAAAGUAUCUUCGUGCCCAUAGAUUCUUCAAUCACCUUGAAAAUGACCUGCAAAGUCUGCUGAAAUGCUUGCUGUGUACUAGAUCUUAAUAGAUAUGUCUUCUGAUCACAGUUGAAUUUCAAGUGAUCUCGCUGUACUAAAAACACGACAUUCUUUCACAAUUGUUGUGCGCUUUUGAAAUGUUUCAGAAUGUGCUGUUUGAAAUGGCUGCACAGUAUCAGUACUGUUCUGCGGGUUCAAAAAACUGCAAUGUUUUCUUCAGUUUUUUACAAUGCUGCGCUGUACAACCCUGUUUCACAAUUCAGACUUUCACACACAGAUGUCAGUGCAAGUGCACAGCCCUCUCAACACAGCAAGAAAAAGAAUAAUGAACACACGCACUAAGCAGUUUCCGGGAAUCCUCUCGCUACAGCGUGGUUUUAAAACUUUUUUUUCAGACUCUGCGUAUCACUACUACGACAGUGUCGUAAUGUAGCUAUGGUCGUAGUUUUUCUUACACUUGUCACGAAGGCAGGCCAACCCACGAGUUACUAUUAAGAGCUCACUAAUCGUGGUGCUUCAUUGUCAUAGGCGGCGCUUACGCUUUCGCGUAUGCACUGCAGGAAGCAAUCGUACCAUUUCGAUUGGUGGCAUACAUUUUAAUGUAAAAUUGUUCUAUUGCUACAGUGCUUUGUACUUACGCGACACAGCUGCCAAUGUUUUGGAUGCAAGGUUUCGGAUCUCCCUCUUUGCUGCUGCAAGGAAAUGCUUUUGUGGUGUCUGCACAAGCAAACAAUUGCUUCAAACGGUAUGUCGUGCUUAUGAGUUGUACAUUUGACGCGAGAGCCAAAGAACAUUGUUUAGGGAUGAUAUUAACAUGUGCUGCUUAGUGUAAUUUAAUUUAGCCUCACAGAUGACAUUGCCACAGUGUGUUUUUACGUAUGCAGCACAGUUUUCAAGAGAAAAGCCGCGUUGUGUCACACAUGCCAGUGAUAGCUGUGAUUCUUUGCUAGAUAGACUUUUUACUGAUUGCUCAGUAGCACAGCUCUCGGUUUUCACAUAUUUCAGCAGCUUCAUGACUGUGCUAGUAAAACAGCAUGAAGCAGUUUUAUUUUCAGCAAUGUGAUAGUUACUUUACAAAAUAUUCACAAAGUAUGUAUCUCUAUGCUAAUCUGACAUGCUGUAUCUAUUGUAUCAUCUGAAUGACAUUAAUAAGUUGGAUGAUAUUAUUAUGUCGGGCCCAAUAUUGCAUUUGCACCAAUUUUGGUGCUUUGCAGAGCAAACCAUCUUAUAGCUGUUUUAACUCUUAGAAAAAAAAACAAUUGUCUAUUACCAUGUACUUGGUCACAAUAUUUAAACUUGACACCCAUGCUAUCUAUGAAGACUUUCAAAAGUGUGUGUGACACAUUUAGACCAAGCUAUAUUCAGCCACACUAAUUUGUUGAGUGAACAAACUGUUUCUUGUACUUAAAUCAUGUUUCAAGGGUGCUUAUAUAUAUGCCCUGAUAACUCAUUUUUUGCUGUCUUUGCAAACGUUGAUCUAUGCCCUAUAAGAAAGAAAGAUGUGUAGAUCGCAGUGGCUUUGUAUAACCUGAAAGCUCAUUUUGUAAAGGUUAUGCCUAUUAUAGUUAGAUACAUAGUUUUGACCUGUCUUCCAAAUGGUAAUUACCAAAUGCGCGCUCAUUGAGGUUGCGCCUUUCAUGCCGUCCCUGCCCGUGAUCGUGGAUUUUAGUGGUUUUAGCAAUCGGCAACUUGCGUUUUAUUUUUACUUCUCUAUUUUAUGCUUGACACCUGCAGAAUGCAGGAUUUGUACUUACAGUUAAUCACUGGUUGUUAACUUUCCGAACAAAUGGAGAAGGCGACGAAGAAACGCGAACAUCGUGUACGCCGACGAAACACUGUGUCCAUCUUUUCCUCAUAACCAAACUAUGCAAUUCUUUGUAUACUCAAGUUCUUAGAUUCUCCAGUUGAUAUAUGCAAAGCGAUUGCUUCUACAAUUUAAUGGGUCUUGAAGCAAACCAUAGCACAGAUUGUGUGCUAAUGUACGCUUCCAGAUUCGUUGAAACAUUUAAGGCACUAGCCUGACUCUCCAGCUUGUUGCAAUUGUUUCUGCUGUGUUGAAUGUCAAAAGGAGUGCUGACAUGACGUUUUUGACAUCAUUUUGGUACUCAACAGAGAUCAUAGGCCACAUAUCUAAACCCUAAACAUAAAAAAAGUACUGCUAUGCAGCAAUUCAGCCAUUUGGGCUAGUUGGUAGCUAUUAAUUCUAAAUGCAAAAAGUGGGUCACAGUACGGGACAGGGACAAGAGAACAGUGCGCCUGUGUUGUUGUUCUCUUGUCCCUGUUCUGCACAGUACGGAACAGGGGCGCUUGUGUUGUUCUCUUCUCUUGUCCCUGUUCCGUACUUUUCUGUGCUGUACGGAACAGGGGCAUCCAUGUUCUCUUGUGCCCAUUUCAUACUGUUGCGUGCAGUACGAAAAGGUGCACUGGUAUUGCUCUCUUUUCUUGCCCCAUUCUGUGCAGUGCGGAACAGGGACAAGAGAACAGUGUGACUGUGUCGUCGUUCUCUUCUCUUGUCCCUGUUCAGUACUGCGCCGCACUUUUCGCGUUUACUUCCAAGUGUUUGGACAGUCUAAAUAUGGUACCAUAACACGUUCCUGCAAGCCAGUUUCAGUUUUGGUACCAAAAAAUAGAUUCGUCACGAUGUCGCUGUCGUCUUGCAAUCUCUUCAGUCACUGCCCUACUUAAAUGCACAGCCUAGAAAAAAACAUGCCCACCAGUUCUGCCAAGCUGUUGUUAUGAGCAUCAUCAUCACAUAUGUGCUUGUAUUACACAAAGCAAUCAAAUUUCGCUCUGUGUCAUGAUGUAAUGAUGAGGAUGGUAGUGUGUGCGGCAUUAAUAUUAAGCGCAAAACCAAAAUACCUUAAGUGUUUUCAAUUUUUCACGUGCUACACGUGCAAUAAACGUGCUGUAGUAACGUUUGUAGAACUUUGAAAAAGUGUGUCAGCACCCCUUUUGAACACUGUUGGAUAAAGAGGCUGACUGUGCUAACGCACGCGGCACGCCACAGUUGGAUACUGCAGCGUUUGUCUUUGCUGAUUUUGCGGUGCUAUGAAGAAGAGGAAACAAAUGUGGCAUGAAUGAUUGAUGUUUCACCUGCACAGUUGUUUUUUACUUUUACAUUGACUCGCCUCUUUUAUUAACUCUUGUUGGCAGCACAUUGAAGAGGGUUUCUUGUAGAUACCUCUGUCCUUUUGUUGCAAGUCAUUAGUUAGUGCUUUACAAUAAAAUCUUGAAACAAA